UUUGCUCGUUCGUUGUUUCGUCGCUUCAGUUCGUCGCUUCCUUGUACGGUUGUAGCCGGACGUUUGACAUUUUGUUCCCUGGACCGUUCAAAGUAGGAAACUGGACUGUCGCCCGCCUUUUCAGUUUUCUUCGCGGGGCCCCCUUCGCUUUUCGUCCUUUUCGGAUCAUUUCUCCAAGGUCCCUUUUUUUUUUUGGCAGGGUACAUACAUCUGUUUACCUCGUCUCCUACCUUGCCCCUCCCCCUUUUUCUUCAAGGACCCUACCUUGGUCUUCUUGAUUGCUAGUACAUCAUCCUUUGUUUGGCGCUUUCAACCUCUCGACUUGUGCAUCUGUUCACAUACAUCCGAGCCGACUUGCAUCCGCGCCGCAUGAGCACUCGCAAUCGUUAAACGGAGAAACCCAACAACGCGGCCGCGCGCAGCCAUUCUUCCCGUUUGCGCUUUGCGCACUCAAACCCGGGACACCCCUCCCCGACAAUCACCGGCGCCGGGCCCGAACCAAGACCGAAACGAAACGAACGAUCCGCGACCGUGACCAUGGAACACAUUGUCUUCGCCCACGACCUCACCAAGGCCGAUCGCGUGGUCUUGGAGACGUUGGCGACCGAUUACAGCGACCACUUGAAGGCAAAGGAGAAGGGCAAUUCGGAUUCAGCAUAUGCGUCGGCGAGCGAUACGGAGACAACAGGGACAGAAGAGACAGAUACAAAUACGAAGGGCGGUGUAAACAAGGAUGCUGGUGGUUGCCAAAACGCUUCAGCCACCCGCAACGAAGCAGCCGUCACCCAUCUCUCCGCCCUCAACGACCCCAAAUCCUCCUCCUUCGAACCCUCCAUAACCAACUUCUUUGACCUCGCCGACCUGCAAUCCUUCCAAUGGCUCCCUCCCUCCCUCCUCUCCGCUUACCAGCAAUGGGCCACCUCCCUCAUCCGCGUCCCUACCGACAUUUUGAUGAUCACCCAUCUCCUCAUCUACUUCUCCACCACUGUCCCCUCCGCCUUUUACCUUCUCUUCGUCCGCUUCUCCUGGCCGCACGCCAUCCUCCACGCCAUCCUCAACGGCUGGUACGUAGGCACCUACACGCUGAUGAUGCACCAGCACAUCCACAUGCGUGGCAUCCUGACCAAGGACAAAUGGUGGACGAGGGUGUUUGAUGCUGUGUUUCCCUACGUCUUGGAUCCCCUGAUGGGCCACACCUGGAACUCGUACUAUUACCACCACGUCAAGCACCACCAUGUUGAAGGCAACGGGCCGGAUGAUCUGUCUUCGACGAUCCGGUACCAGCGGGAUGAGUUCAGCGAGUUUGCCAAGUACGUUGGUCGGUUCUAUUUCCUGGUGUGGUUGGAUCUGCCGCUGUAUUUUGCGCGCAAGGGACGGUAUGUGCAGGCGGCCAAGGCGGCGUUCUGGGAGUAUUCCAGCUAUGCUAUGUACAUUGCCAUGUGGAACUUUGCGCCCGGAGGAGGGAAGGCGGUGUUUUGGACGAUGGUGUUGCCGUUGAUGGUGCUGCGGGUGGCGUUGAUGGUGGGCAAUUGGGGACAGCAUGCGUUUGUGGAUGACGAGGAGCCGGAGAGCGAUUACAGGAGUUCGGUGACGUUGGUGGAUGUUGCUUCUAACCGCCACUGCUACAACGACGGCUACCACACUUCUCAUCACCUCAACCCCCUGCGCCACUGGCGCGAACACCCUGUAGCCUUCCUCAAGGGCAAGGAAACCUACGCGGCCAACAAUGCGCUGGUGUUCCAUAACAUCGAUUAUAUCAUGAUUACCGUCCGGUUGAUCAUGAAGGAUUACAUGACGCUGGCCAAGUGUAUGGUGCCCAUUGGCGAGUUCCAGAUGAACAUGACGCUCGAGGAGAGGGCGGCGUAUCUGCGGAGGCAUACGAGGAGGUUUACUGAAGAGGAGAUCAAGGUCAAGUUUGGAAAGAAGGCCAACUAAGGGGAUCUUGAGUGCGAAGAGAAAUGAGGUGAUGGAUCUAAUGGGAUGAUGAGUGGUUUGGGUUGAAUUUGGGAUAGAUGGUCUGGUUGAUGAUCAUGGUGCAGGUGCUGGAUAUUCAUCUGGAUCGUCCUUGAGCGGAACACUUUCUGAGACUUAUAUACACUAGAUUUGGGAGGUUGGGUCUUCCGCCAUGAAGAGUAUCAAUAAAGGCUUGUAUAGAGGGGUCGGAGUACUUCAGCGCAAUAGACAGAUAAAACCCGUUUCAAAGGAAGAUAAGAUGCACCCUCGCUGUUCAGAAGCCAGCGAUCAUGCGCUGAACAUCUACCUCAUGGCUAUCCUCAAACAGCGAUUGUUCAAGGUGAACGACGGCCGCCUGUAUAUCCCAGCUGUUCCGCUGCGAAGGAGUGGGAUUCGUAACAAGAAUCUUGAGUACCAAUCCUCUAUUAGCAUUAGCUCGCGAUUCGAUGACGAGUCGGUUCAGGAACGCCAUGACAGCCGCCAUUUCAUCGCCAUGUGACCCCGACGCAUACCAGAAUGCGCCAUCUACCAAGAUGUAGACAACACCGACGGGUACGUUGUGCAAAAGCAUGUUGAAGACGGAGCA